CUGUUGACGGACGGAGGGGGGGGGUUCUCUCUGGUGUCGACCUCCGGGGCCGCUCUGAAUGCUCUUUCCCCGGCUCUGUGCUGUCACUGCGGCCGCUUUCAAAGGCACAUGUUGUUUGUGGACCGUUCAGUAACCGAACCUAUGCUGCCAUGAUUGCUUUGUGUCGCCUGGUUCACAGAGGACUGCCGAGCAUCCGGCCGUCUUGCCGUUUGUUCGCCGGACAGGUGGAUGCGGCUCCCCCGGUCCGGACAGCCAGCUCAUCCAGUCCUGUCAACUUGACUUAUGACGUGUUUGACGGUAAAGGAGAGAGCACUCCCCUGGUGUUUCUCCAUGGCCUCUUCGGCAGUAAAUCCAACUUCCACUCCAUCGCCAAGUCCUUGGUGCAGCGCACAGGCCGAAAGGUGUUGACUGUAGAUGCCCGUAACCACGGUAACAGCCCUCACACUCCAGAGCUGACCUAUGAAGCGAUGGCCGCCGAUUUGAAACAUCUCCUCAGCCAGCUGCACAUCGAGAAGUGCGUCCUGAUCGGCCACAGCAUGGGCGGGAAGACCGCCAUGACAACCGCUCUGACACAGCCCAGUUUGGUGGAGCGGCUGGUGGUGGUGGACAUCAGCCCGGCCCAGACCACCACGCGCACCAACUUCCGCUACUACAUCCAGGCCAUGCAGGAGAUGAAGAUCUCCACUGACAUCCCUCGCUCCACCGCCAGGCGGAUGGCUGAGGAUCAGCUGCGGAGCUUAGUGAAGGAGCACUCUGUGCGCCAGUUCCUGCUGACCAACCUGGUGGAGGAGAACGGACAUUACUCCUGGAGGGUCAACCUGGAGGCCAUCGCAGCUCACCUGGAGGAAAUCAUGAGUUUCCCCAGACUGGACUCCGUCUACGAGGGGCCAACGCUGUUUCUGGGCGGAGCCAGUUCUGCUUAUAUCAGCUCCGACGAUUACCCAGAGAUCCAGAGGCUGUUCCCCAACGCCGACAUCCAGUACAUCCCAGACGCGAGCCACUGGAUUCACGCUGACAAGCCUCUGGACUUCAUCAGCUCCAUCAUCUCCUUCCUCCAGUCUUAGCCGCCUCCGGCCGCGCCUGCGGACUCUCUACAGCGCCUCUGAGCGUGGAGCGGAGACGACGAUAACGAUCCUAAUAUUCGCCAUAACAGGACCAAACCCGCUCUCUUUUGCAGCAGUCAGUUCUUAUUUUUAAAGCCAUUAGUCGUUCUGCGUAGAGGAUUUUAAUUUAUUAGUGGUCGUAGAUUAUCCAGCUUGUAGAUACGUUUCAGUUGACCUGUUUAUAGAUCCGUUUAACAUCAUGGGGUUGUUUUUGGAGGUAAUGUACUAAUCCAAAGAAACUGUCAUUUGCACUGUACUGUCUUUUUGUUCUUCUACAGUGGAUCGCAAAAGUUUACACACCUUAUUUAGAAAGCCAUGAAAGGAUGCACUGCAAAAACACAAAAUCUUACCAAGUAUGGCUGGUCUCGUUUCUACACUUGAAAUAAGACAAAACUAACUAAGUUACCUUGUUUUAAGCUAAAAAUUCCUUAAAUAUUGAUGAAAAAGUACUACUUCAACUUGCAGAUGGUAGGAAAAACAUCUCAUUAUAAGUGAAAUUAUUCCUUAGCAUUUUUCAUUGUUAUGAAAUAAUUGACUUAAAACAAGCUCCUAUAUCUCGCUAAGCUGCUUCUUAAUUAGUUUUGUCCUUUUUGAAGUGAACGAUGAUAUUUGCACUAGGAACUAGACCAAAAAUACUUGGUAAAAUAUUGUUUUUGCAGUGUAAUAAAUCAUUGUAAACAUCAUGGGGACACAAAUCCUGUUCAUUUCUAGUGGAAAAUGGAAAUCUGUUACAGAGAAAGUCCAAAUAUUCAAACAAAUUGAAGCACUUUUUGAUUUAAUUUCAGCUCUUAGUCUGCUUUAGAAAGACUCACAACCCCUCGUCUUGACUUAACCAUAUUUGACAUCGACCCUCCACAGCCCAAAACUCACUGAUGUUCAUAAUUUCUUUAACAUGAAGCGAAGUAACCCCAUGUCAUGAUGCUGCCACUGCCAUGUUUCACUAUGUAGUGUUGCUUUGUGCCAAGCCCUGAAACUCAGUUUUUAUUUCUUUAAACCAAAGUUUUAUUAAUAAAAUGCCCCUUUCUUUUUUUUUUUUUACUUUAAUCUUUAACUCAAACAAACAGAGGAUCCCAGGCUGUUCCCCAGCAAAUCGUAGAAAACUCCCAGUUCUUGUCGGAUGCCUCUACUGGUCCUUCAUUUCUGUCUUAUAAGCUUGGCUUUUAUCUUUGCAUCAAAUGUUUUUGAAUCGCAGAAUUUUCUGAUUACUUCAGACUGUCUUCCUAGAGCCAUGCUUUUCAUAUAAUGUGGAUUUUUCUCUGAACAUCACCUUCAUAUAGGAACCUUUUUAGGCCAAUGGAUAGAAAUUAGCUUGACUUCAGGUUCACCAGUUUUACUGUAAAUGAUAGAAAACUAAAAGCUGAAAUUCAGUCAAAAAGUGCUUCACGUAUGCAGACUUGAUUAUUACGUCAAACAAAAGUUGCAUUAAAAUUCAAAAUAAGUUGGUUAUGUGCAGAGUUGCGAGAGCCGCUGUAUGUAUGUCCGUUUUGUGAGGGAAGUGUUUUCUGUGUUUGCGGAUGUGAGUUAAAGCAGCACUGCGGUAAAAUAAAAACUGUAUCUGAGGAGGUUUUGGACCAAACUCUGGUCCGUACUGUAACUUUGUGGUUCGUAAUAGUGGUUUAUUAAGAAUGUUCGAUGCUGGUCGGUUAAUUCGUUGUAAAAACAACCCCUCAGAGCGCAACAUAUUUAUUAUCUACUGGAUUCAAGCUGAAACUUUUUCAAUGCAGUAUUAACACAAACUCUUUCCUGAUUCUCUCAGGCUGCGACUUGAAACGCUCGGUCUUCAUUUUUCCUUUGUGUCUGGCGACAAGCCGUGGUGACAUUGUUGUGUCUCUGUAGUUGGUCAGUGUUUUCCCUGUUUACUGCCCGUGUAUUCCAGUUAUCUUUAUGAAUAAGGCACAAGGCUAAGUGAAUAUAUCACAAAGUAUAUAUGCUGCAGCGACAUAUGUAGGUUCCCAAUCGCAGUGGUUUUGAUUUAAUUUCAGUCUCCUCUGCGUCGAUGAGUUUGUUCCAGUAGUGAAACUGCCACAUGUGAGAAUAAGCAGGGUGUUGUUCAUUUAUUUGUAUGAGCCUCUUUUGUCAAGAGGUCGUUUGCUUCUGUAAAACUUUAAUAAGAUUCUAUAGCGAUGUUCAGUAGACUUUUAGAUUGGCAGCUGGGUUGCCAGGUCUGUGUGAAUUAACAUUUAAAGCACUAAAUGUUUACUACAAUCAGUGUUUUAUGUUUGAAUAGAGAAAAAGACUAAAAAAAAACUCAGAUUAAAUUAAAUUAUACUGACUUAAAUUAUUUUUAUAAACCUCAACGAUUAAAUCCUCCUCCCGCAGGAUGGAUUUGUGUUGUGGCACAAUUUAAGAGAUUGUCAGGGGGACAUUUGAAUGCAGAUUUUGUAGUUU